AUGUCUGGUGUAAAAUUAAUGAAAAGAAACGUAAUACGUGAAGCCAAUAGAUUACAUAUUUUUCAUCGACUUAUAAUUAGUCAAGCUACGAUUCUUUUAUGGAGAGGUUUGACAGUUUCCCAGCGAAAUCAAUUCACAACUUUUGCAAAUCUCGUAAAUCACAUCAAUCCAACCUUUACAGCUCGUAGGCGUACACUACUUUUUUGGAUUCAUCUAAUAACCCAACGACAAGUAACUAAUAAUGAAUAUGCGGACAUGUUGUAUAACGGUUUAAUGAGAUUUAUAGACGUACAAUUUUCAAAAACAUACACUCAACGUCCAAAGGUAGAUCUCGCAUUUUUUAUAAUCUCGAUUAAUCACAAUAAGAAAACUUAUUAUUCCUUUAAACUAACUACGACUACAAAUAUGGAAAACCGCACAAACAAAGGAUGCGUGCCCAUGAUGUGA